CAGGGAAGGCCAGAGAUACCGGGUGUACAUCGUGAUACCACUGCUGCCGGGAUUCGAAGGCGACAUCUCCACAGGUGGAGGGAACGCUCUUCAGGCGAUAAUGCACUUCAACUACAGGACCAUGUGCAGAGGGGAGAACUCCAUCCUUGGACAAUUAAAGCCAGAGCUUGGUAAUCAGUGGAUAAAUUACAUCUCUUUUUGUGGUCUGAGAACACAUGCAGAGCUUGAAGGAAACCUAGUCACUGAGCUCAUCUACGUCCACAGCAAGUUGCUAAUUGCUGACGACAACACAGUUAUUAUUGGCUCUGCCAACAUCAAUGACCGGAGCAUGCUCGGGAAGCGAGACAGUGAAAUGGCUGUCAUAGUGCAAGACACAGAGACAGUCCCAUCAAUAAUGGAUGGAAAAGAAUACCAAGCUGGCUGCUUUGCCCAAGGACUUCGGCUACAGUGCUUCAGGCUUGUCCUUGGCUAUCUUUCUGAUCCAAGUGAGGACCUCCAGGAUCCUGUGAGUGACAAAUUCUUCAAGGAGAUUUGGGUUUCAACAGCAGCUCGAAAUGCUACCAUUUAUGAUAAGGUGUUCCGUUGCCUUCCAAAUGAUGAAGUGCACAAUUUAAUGCAGUUGAGAGACUUUAUAAGCAAGCCCAUAUUAGCAAAAGAUGAUCCCAUUCGUGCUGAGGAAGAACUGAGAAAGAUUCGGGGCUUCUUGGUGCAAUUCCCCUUUUAUUUCUUAUCUGAGGAAAACCUGCUGCCUUCUGUAGGAACCAAAGAAGCAAUAGUGCCCAUGGAGGUUUGGACUUAA